AUGAUAAGAAAUGAAAAGAAAGAACUCAAGAAACAAAGUUUUGAGAAGAUGGUGAGAUGUGACGACUCACUGCUUUCGCAAAUAAACUCACAUAAAACGGAACCAAAAACUUACAGGUUCAUACCUGAAGAAGAUUUGUGCAUAUCGGAAGGCAAUCCUAAUAAACUCAAGAUAACUUCUUCUUCGAGACUUGUGGCAGAGCUUUUAACUGAUGGAUAA